CCUAGCUUGCCUCCAGCGAUGUAUGCUUUGCACAGACUCCCACGGAGCUAUGUGCGUUUUGCGCAAGUACGACGGGGCAAUGCAACUCUACAAGCCGCCACCAGCUCCGACGCCGUGAAUGCUCCGCCGCCGCCUGUACCAGCUCAGCAGAAGCCUCCGGCCGCUUCCACAAAACCUGCGCUGAAGCCCGCAGGCGCAAAGGUCCCGGGAGCACCUGCGAAAUCCCAGGAGAAGACUGCGCCCGAAGCCGACGCGAAACGUGGGCCGCGGCGCGUCUGGCCGACACACCGACCGUCCAUCUCACUCGCGCGACCUCGGCAGUACAUGCGUCCCAUUGGCGUUGGCGUCCUCCCGGCUUACGACAGCGCCUUAGAGUACAUCAAGGAGGACUCAAAUAUUCUCAAAAAGGAACUCCGCACCGUGAAGACUGAGCUCGAGAAAGUGCAGGUCUUGCAGGAGCCCGAGGCGGCUGAGCAGGCUGCACGCUUGCAGGAGCGCGUUCGCGUUCUCGAGGUGCAGAGCGAGAUUAACUUGCCCUCUGUACGGUGGAAGGCGAAGAACGGUCUUGCCGACAUGACCAAGCCCGUUUACCGCCAUCUUAUUGAGCAGAGGUGGAGAGAGGACGGUAUCCUCGAUUUGGUGAUGGAACGUGUCCACCAAAUGGGCGUCGUGCCCGACCUUCUCCCUGAGAUUCGCCCGUCGUUGGAUCUCCGAGUCAACUUCCUUGAGAGACUGCCUGAGAAGCUCCGGAAGAUGGAUCGCACGAAGCGGAAAUCUGAGAAGGUCGAGGCUGGAAUUUACCUCCUGCCUGAGCAGACUCGUAAACCGCCUGUGCUUUACACCACAGUGUUCCACACAGAGCCAAGGCUCUAUACUCUGCUCAUGUUUGACUUGGACGUUCCUGAUCCUGAAACUUGCGGGUUCCAGAGCUACCUUCAUUGGAUGCAGCCUAAUGUCGAGUUGCACACGUUCUCUAAGAACCCAAUCCCGCUUACCACCACACAUACCCCCUACAUUCCACCUCACCCACAACGCGGAACGCCCUACCACCGAUACGUACUGAUGCUUGUUCCGCAACGGAGUGCGACAGAGCGCAUAAAGGUGCCCGUACCGACCAUGCAGGAACGUCUCGGAUUCAGCUACCGUGAGUUCGCAGCCAGACAUGGGCUCGAUGCCACCAAGGGCGGGGGUGUCUUCAUGUGGAGAGAGGUCUGGGAUGAGACGGUGUCCAAGAUCUACGCGGACGUUCUCAAAACGGAGGAGCCUGUAUACGGCAAAGUGCCGAAGCCGGACCCGUAUGCCCACUUCAAGGCCGCUCCAAAAUAUGCUACUGCAUCUGCAUAGAGUCUACCCUCUCCCCAUACGUACCAAGGCGCUGUCAAGUUACUACAUCUGCUUUACAUCAUUCAUUAAUGGGUGUUUAUCUCAAGUCG